AUGUUUCGAAGAGCACUACCUGCUGCAAGAAAUUUUGGUUCACAAUUAAGGACCACGAGAACAUUUUCUCUUUCGGGUGCAUUGCUAGCAGAGACCAAAUCAUCAAAGACCAACCGUUUCGCAUCAAAGUACAAAAAGUCAAGCUCCGGUAACAAGAACGGCCCCAGACACGAUAAUGCUCCGAAAAAGUUCCGCCAAGGCGACACGCGGACGAAAACUAUAAGAUUCAACUUUGAUUCAGGAAGUGAAAAGGCGAAAGAAGCCUUGAAAGAUCUCAUCAAGCGAGUGCACGGGUAUAGCCCAAACUACCAGGUUCAGUUUGUGGAUCCGCAAACAAACAAACUCAGAAAAAUGCAUUUGGUGGAACUCGUCAACUCCACAGAUCUCGACAAAGACGGUUUGCUCAUGGUGGGCCCUCUGUCUGCACAAGAAAUGCCCUUGGUUAGAACUAUUCGGGUCCAAGAUAUGAUUAAGGAAUAUUCGGACAGACUAGCUUUAGCAAAGGAGAAAGAGCUCUUGGCUCUGGGCAGUGUGAUAGCACAAAGGGUCAUAAACAAGCGGAUGCAAGCAGAAAAGAAAAAAUCUGCCACCAAAAUGUUGGCGCUUUCGUGGUCUAUUAGUGUGAGUGACUUAAUGCACCAGAAAAAGAACGAAAUCUUGAAGAGAGUGGACAACAAUGAGAAAUUCAUCAUCUUUGUGGGAGAAAAAGAAUCCUUGUAUAGUGCCCGGAACAGUGUGGAAAAAGAAGACGGCAUCGCUAGUCAAUUGGGCACAUCUCGCACCAAAUGGGAUCGCAUGGACGAAGAUGAGCUUGCAAUGGAAAUGAAGAAACGAGAAAUGAUUUUUGGGAAGCUUGAAGAGCUUUUGGCCGAAUGUGAGUGCAAGUACGAUGUUUCAGGAUCCCUCGACGCCCGCAUGAUGUUGAAUGUGACACCUAAACCAAACGUCUCCAAAGCCAGCGAGAAAGAGACAGAGGUUUCCGCAAGAGAGUUGAAGAGACAAAGAAUGUUGGCCAAAAGCAGAGAGGCGGCUAAAGCGAAGAAGAAGAUCGACGAGGAAGACUUGGACUCGUUGUAUCUGAUUAAAAUUAUCGAAUGA